ACUCUUUGUAGGAUUCUCUUUAUAUAUCCAUGGCUGAAAGUUGGAAGUCAUGUAACGUUAACUUGAAUUCAUUAAUGUGCCGUAAACAGGCUCGUUUCAUUCCGUUUUCAGUGUUAAUUAACGUCUUGUCCUGGAUGACUUUAGCUAACCUCUUUAGUCGUAGCGUUACCCAGCUAACGUUAACGUUCAGUUUAACCUCAGUGUUUCUGUCAGUUAUUGAUGAGGAUGACCGAGUGCGGUCUCGCGCCACGGCCAUUAAAGGGAAAACACACCUGGAAACAGACACGUAAUGUGGUUUGUGACAGUAAAGUCAUUCUCCUUUUAGCUUCAGUUAGCUGUUCGCUAGUUCAUAAAAUUCAUAAGUUACAUUUGAAAAAGUCUUAAUAAAAGUCAUUGCCUUUUUUUUAAUUAUAGCAGCUUUUUUUAGCUACUAGUGAAAAGUAUAAAUAAAUUGCAGCGUAACAGAGUACAAACAGAAUGAACAGUAAUAUAAAGAAUACAUGCAGAAUGUAAACCAGUCAGAGAUGAAUAUACAGCCGCAACAGUGUGUAAAGAAAACGACAAGGAGUGUGACAGAAAUGAGUUGCACUUUCCAUCCCCUGGUUUCUCGCAGCGGAUUCUCCCAUGGCCUCUUUCUGCUUGUCCCGUCCCUGUUUCUCAGAGCUCUCAGCUCCAUGCCCCAGAUCAGCCGAAGCCUGCAAGAGAGUUACAGGCUUCUACAACUGCCUGACAAGGGACACAGCAGUCCUGCACAGGUGAAAGAGGCCUACUUGCGCCUAGCCAAACUCUACCAUCCAGAUUCUGGGGCUCCAACAGCAGAUGCAGUUCUGUUUGCUCAGGUUGAGCAGGCCUACCGUGCUGUGCUGGCACAUCAGAGCAAGACCAAGCAACCCGAUAGAGGACAGGAAGUGGAAAGUGAGGAUAGGUCCAGAGGUACAGCACUUCCACACAGACACUACCUCAGUUACGAGGGAGUGGGCUCAGGCCCACCCAGCCAACGUGAGUGUCAGUACCAGCAGAUCCGUGUCGACAGAGCAUCUGAGCAAGUUUUGAACUAGAGGCAGAGGGAGCAUGAGAGGGCAGCCGCUGCAGAGGGGGCACUGGUGGAACGGGACAUGCGUCAGCGCAGCCGACAGAUCAAGAUCACCCAGGCUGUGGAGCGGCUUGUGGAGGACCUGAUCCAGGAGUCCAUGGCCCGAGGAGACUUCAGGAAACUGAGUGGAGCUGGAAAGCCACUCAACAAGUUUGAGCACAAUCCAUACGCUGAUCCUAUGACCCACAACCUCAACCGCAUCCUCAUAGACAAUGGUUACCAGCCACCCUGGGUCGUCACACAACGCGACAUCCGAGAGACCACUGCUCAGAUCCGAAAUAGGUUGCUGGGGGGCAGGGCCAGGCUUGGCGACCCCCUGACCCCCGAGGAGCACAGCCAAUGGGAGCAGCUGUGCGCAUCUGUACAGGAGGAGCUGGUGAAACUUAACAAAAUGGUGGACAAUUACAACCUCAUCGUACCGAUGCUCAACAUGCAAAUGGUUCACUUCAGUUUGUCACGAGAGAUUGACCGCGCUGUGAAAGGAGCCCGCCAACACAGACUGGACCAGCAGAGAGAGAGGGAGAAGGAGAGAGAGAGGAGGAAGGAGGAGAAAAAAAGAGCCAACACCGUAAUUAAGCGUAAAAAUUCCAAACAAGGCCUGAUGUCUUGGAUGAAGAAUUUACUGAGAUCAAAACAGUAAAAUUUUGAAUCUGAGUGAACGGAAUAAUGAUUUGAGAUCAGUGGUUUAUUAAUUUAUUCAUUUGUUUUCACUGAUAUGAAUCAGCACAGUCCACAAGGCAAGACGGAUUUGUUCUUCCACUUAUUCCUACACACUCUGAAUCAAAGUCAGAAACAGUGGUGCCACUAAUUUAACUCUGCGUUCCUGCUGUUAUUGUCCAGAUAUGCAGGAUCGUCAGGUGUCAGUGGAGGAGUAUUAUUGAGCAGUCAUGGCUGUGGGACUAUAAAGUGUGAGGAACUGCACGUGUUGAUAACAAAAAGCAACGUGAGGCAAUUUUAUGGUGCAAGUUGUUUCUGUGAAAUUACUUCUCUGAAAUACAAACCUAACACUGUAACUAUUGGUUGCUAUGUGACAUUAAAAGUUAAGGUAAUUCAAAA